UACACGCAACCAACCGUGGUGAUAGAAAUAUUUCUAAGAGAUAAGUCCAUCAUUAACACUAUUGGUUCGAGAUGUCACUCGUUGAAAAAAUCCUGGUUGGAGUAGGGGUCUGGCUCCUAAUUUCUUUCGUGUCGGAUGGCUUUGGGGAAGGUCAAGGGAGUCUUAAGGUAGAAGGUCUAUGGAAAAGGUGUGAUUCGGUCACUAAAUGUUCCAACGUUACGAUAUGUCGGGAUGGAAUUUGCAGAUGCCCAAAUGGAUUCUUUGGGCGGAUGUGUGAACUAUGCAUUUAUUGGAUCAUUGCCAGUCAGCUCGAGUUUCAGUACUUUUACAAGCCCAUCCCCCAAUUCAUAAAAUUGUAACAAUGGAGGACCAUCCCUGGGUAAUUGUAAACCGCUCGUGCCUAUCUUCAGGAAACGUAAAUAAAACGUCGUGUCGCUCUUCCCCAUGUUACACUGGCUUCCUGGUCGAGCUACUGCACGCGAUGUAUCAAUAUGGUGGACGGAACCUUGAUAAUUGCACAAUUCAAGAGGUUUCAGCCUUCAGAAGUAAUCAAAACAGUAAUGGAUCGUUUACCAAGGAUGAUGUUAUGAACAUCGUGAGUGGUGAGGAAGCUGAUCUGGCCUUGGUUCCAAUAAAUGCGUCCAGAGGAUACAAAAAUAUACGAAAGACCUAUCCGGUCGCCAUGAACAUUAAGAUGAAUGACUAUUACAGUUUGGUAUUUCCGUAUAACUCUAAGCUGGCAGACUCGUUAAACUACACAUUCCAUGUCGUCGUCACUUGAGCUUAAAUUCAACUCUUCUUCUUCGUCCACGUGCUUGAGUUCAGCAUGGUGUUUACUUUUCAAAACUCUAAAUUCACUACUCUAUUCAUGAAAAGAAACACAAAUACUAUACAACUUUCAAUUUAACCCUUUUGCCAAAAUAAAUCAAAUUUAUGACCAAUAUUACAAGUAAUUGGGUUCGUUGCCGCUACUAGGCUAUAGUAUUUCAUAGAUGUGUAUUUAUAUUAUAAUUUUAUUUAUAUCAUUAUUGUAAUAUUUUGGAAAAAAAUUCUAACCUACCCUAAUCCCCUAUAUUGUAUCUAUGCACUUAAAUUAAAAAGUGAGU